CCCUCAGUAAACACCGAGGCCACGGAGGGGCGAGGCGCACGGGCCUCUUCCGUGUUUUGUGCUUAUUACCUUUAUUAUUUUUACACCUAGCGGCUCUGCAAUGUCCAAAUGGGCGGGAAGGAAAGCAAGCCGAUUUCCCUCUCCUACGAGGAGGCAAUGAAAAGAGUUAGUGAUGGGGAAUUUACCAGAUUAAAAGAUGCAUACAAGAGGACAGCAACACUCAAUGGAGCCAUCACCAAACAGGCCUUCAUCAGGGAGGUCCUGGGUGAUGGCGUACCUCUACAGUUGGCCGAGCUAGUAUUUUUGGCCUGUGGAGGGACUACAAAGGGAAUAACAUUUAAAGACCUACUGUGCAGUUUGGUGCUUCUAACUCGUGGCAACAAGGAAGAGAAAAUAAAGUUUAUAUUUGGACUCUAUGCCAAUGAAUCUGGAACACACGUUGUCCGGAGCGACAUGCUCCGCCAGCUUCAGGCAACUGAGGGUGGCUAUACACCUGAAAUUCUUCAUAAGUGCUUUGGUCAAUCUGAACGAAUAUCAUAUGAGGAGUUCAAGGAAUGGCUGCUCUCCUACCCUGAUGCCACCACCGUCACCCGCUGGCUGCUGGCCGAGCCUUGCCAUGUCUCUCUUUCCAAUGACUUGGAGACUCCCACCUUCUACCAAACUUUAGCUGGAGUUACACAUUUGGAAGAGAAGGACAUCUUGGAAUUAGAGAAAAGGUAUUGGAUCUUGAAGGGUUCAUCUCCCUCUGGAAAAUUAGAUCCAGAUACCCUUGUUCCCAUGAUCUCUCCACCACUACCUCCAAUGUUGGCAAAAGGUGUUUUCAAUGCCUUUGAUGAAAACAGAGAUAAUCACAUUGACUUCAAGGAAAUGGCAUGUGGGAUAUCAGCUGCCUGUCGAGGUCCCCAAACUGAGAGGCAAAAGUUUUGCUUCAAAAUUUUUGACCGUGAUCGAGAUGGCCGGCUGUCCCAUGAUGAACUGACAGCCAUGAUUCAGGCUCUCCUGCUGCUACGGGACGAAGAGCAGGAGAAAGGCAGUGCAGAUGAUGUAUGUGUAGGUGUGUCCCCUGAACAUGUGCAAAAGCAGGUGAAGGACUUGUUGAGUCAUCAUGAUCCAACAAAUUCGGGAUCUAUUACUCAGGAGGAAUACUUAAUGUGGACACUUCACAACCCUCUCUCAACUGCCUUGCUUGAUAUAAUUUUCCAGGUUUGCCACAUUGUGCUAGGACUGAAGCCAAGCAGUCGAGCUGAGGAGGGAGAAAUAGUGCUGGGAUGGCUGCGGAGAGCUGAGGCCAAGUCCCUCACCAUAGGCCAGUUUUGGUAUAUCAUCAACAUGGAAUGGUGGGGUCUGUGGCAUGACUAUGUCAGUCAUCAGUCUCCAGGUUCUGAGAGCAGUUCCUUGAGCCCAUCAUCACACAGCAGUUCUCCUGCCAAUUCACAGUGUGGCUCACUGAAACGUACAAAAUUACAGAAAAAGUCUGCUAAUUCAGAGGGAACUGUUGCUUCUGAUGUUAACAGCACUGUAUUUGUAACCAGUAUAGCCAGCUUAGGUGGUGCUGAUUCAUUGUCACUGUCAAGUUUAGAGAAUGAUGUACCUGGGCGAUGUGAUCAGUCUGGAUCUCGACAGAUGACACACCCCCGGCAUGGCCCCGUCUCAUCUAGUCCUCGUAAAAAUUUCAGUUCAAGCAGUUUAUCUGUAUUCAAUUAUGAGGCAAACAGGUGUAGCAGUGCAUCUAGCCCUAGUCACUCUCCUCGCCUCACUCGCCGUGUAGCUACUAGUCCUGGAGCCCUGCAGGUGCCCUCUAGGCCUCCUGCUAUUGAUAAUUCACCAUUGGUCGAGACAAACACAGCUAAGGUCACACUCCUUACUGGUGAAGGUGGAAGACUAAAACGGAAUGUCCCUCUUGUUGAAGGCCGGGACUUUGUGUUGGUUCCUGACUCCUUAUGGAAGGCCCUUCAACAGUGGUAUGGAGGAGCGCCUGCCCUUCCUCGACAGGUCAUUCAUGGUCGAUGCAGUGGUGAAGUGGAGCUGGAGCUGUACCCCUUGACACUGCGACUUUUUCGUCAUGUGCAGCAACAGACCAGGUCUCCCAACAACUCAUGGGUUGGUGUUGUUGGAGGGUAUGGAGCUGCUGCCUUAAAUUCAGCACCAUAUUAUGUAACAUCCCUUCCAAACUCAUCAAUAUCUUCUCCAAAGAGAUACUUAGCCUACCUUGCUGCAUUUAGUCGACUGGCAACCUUGCGGCAGGUAUAUGAUUACCUGGCUACCAAAUUACGUUUAAGAGUUGAAGAUAUGAGACUGUGGUAUGUGCGAGAAGAGCCUGCUGGCAUGAUAUUAUUGGAAGAAGAUGAUGCCACACUGGAGGAAGUAGGAGUAGCAGACCUUGCCCAGGUACUGAUUGAGGUGCGGAACAAGGACCUCACUUGGCCUGAGGAGAUGAGCCAGAUCACCUCCACCAGGGUAAUGCACACCCAGUCUAGCCAAGGUUUAAAAGAGAAAGGCGUCACAGGACUGAACAACCUCGGGAACACUUGCUUCCUCAAUGCUGCCCUUCAAUGCUGCUCAAACACCAGUCCUCUCACAACAUACUUCAUUAAGAAUAUGCACCUUUAUGAGCUUAACCCAGAUAAUCCAUGUGGAAUGAAAGGUCAUAUGGCAAGGCAGUAUGGAAAUCUGAUGCAAGAGCUGUGGGCUGGAGGAGCAAGAACUGUGGCUCCUCUAAAACUCAGGUGGACGAUAGGAAAGUACAGUGGCAACUUCACAGGGUUUCAGCAGCAUGAUUCCCAGGAGUUAUUAGCAUUUCUUCUUGAUGGCCUCCAUGAAGACCUUAACAGGGUUCACAAUAAGCCAUAUAUUGAACUUAAGGACUCAGAGGGAAGACCUGACACUCUUGUUGCUCAGGAGGCAUGGGAGAAUCAUAUCCUCCGCAACAAAUCCAUAAUAGUUGAUCUCUUUCAUGGGCAACUCAAAAGUAAGGUCACCUGUAGAGUUUGUGGGAACGAGAGUGCAAGGUUUGAUCCAUUCACCUAUUUGACUUUACAGCUGCCAAUGGAAAGUUUUGUUCAUUUUGAAGUUAUUGUGGUGCGUCUGGAUGGUAGUGUUCCUGUCAAGUAUGGGCUGCGUCUCAACAGUGAUAGUCGUUACUAUGAUGUAAAGCAACACCUCCAUAUCUUAACCAGUAUCCCCCCUCACCAAAUAAUGCUCAGCGAUGUAUCCAAUGCUCAGAUUAAGUAUAUUCCUAUGGAUGAAGGACGAGUGAGGGCUCUCUCUGGAAAUGUGUUGUUUGCCUACGAAUUGCCUUCACCAACUUCAAAUCACCCAAGUGAGCUCCGUUCAGCUACCCGCAGUGCCAAAGACCGUCAUGUCUUCACCCACAUCCAGCGGUCAACUCACCAUAGUUCCCCUUGUCUUAGAGAAGCUAUCAACAGUCCAACUGCAAGUGUUGGUACAAUAGAGAGUGUGAUAUCCAGUCCAAAUACACUUGAGUAUACUUCCAGUGGGUCCAGCCUGCACUCUAGUCAGCCUCCAUCGAACACUGAUCAGAAUAGCUGCAAGAUUCUUGACCAUAAGGACAGCAACAGCAGCCUGGUGUCCUCUACUUCCUCAGAACUGGCAGCAUCCUCUCUCUCCUCUUCUAUCCAGCAUGAUAAUGACCUCUACAAUGCUCAAAAAGGGUUCAUCAUUGCCUUCCACAGAAAGAUGAUGCGUCAAGAAGUGUACUUCCUUUCAAGCCAAAAGACCAAACCAAGUUUAUUUGGACUUCCUCUUGUUAUACCUUGUAGCACAGUUACUACUCAACAGGAUUUGUAUCAAGCUGUCUGGACACAGGUAUCAAGGCUAGUUUCACCCCUACCCCCAACUGAGGCUCCAGGACCCAACCAUGCUCAUGACUGUGAUGACAGUCUUGGUUAUGAAUUCCCAUUUGUCCUUCGUGCUGUUGAACGGGAAGGACUCCAGUGUGCUUGGUGCCCUUGGUACAAAUUUUGCCGAGGUUGUCAGUUACCCUGUGAAGACAAGAUGUUCCCUCAGAAUGCUGCUUUCUUAGCAAUUGACUGGGAUCCUACUGCUCUUCAUUUGAGAUACCAGUCUGGUUUGGAACGAGUAUUCAUGGAGCACAGUAGUGUUGAAGAAAUGCGACGCAAGCACGUGGAACCCAUAGCUCUGUCAGACUGCUUGGAAGCUUUCUGCUCUGAAGAAGUUCUCGACUACUCAUGUGAUAAGUGCCAGAAAGUUCAACAGGCAGCAAAGAAAUUGCAGAUUUGGAGGUUACCACCUGUAUUGAUUGUACACCUCAAGAGAUUCCAGUUUGUGGGUAACAAGUGGAUUAAGAGUCAAAAAAUAGUCAAUUUUCCCUUGAAAGACUUUGACCCAACAGAGUAUUUGGCUUCAGUCCCUCGGCAAACCAUUUACAUGCAUCGAGCAGAGCUGGAAGGUGUUGAUCCAGCUGUGUACUUGGCAAAUCUUCCAGACAAAGACAAUGUACUUCUGGAUAUUGUACCAGAAAAUAAAAUAAUUGAACACAUCAAGGGUAGUUAUGAUGAUGACUCAAGUGGAAGAAGUGGAAAGCCAUCAUUGAAUGGAUCAGUCAAUGGCAGCAUUUUGAGUGGUGGAACCAGCCUGUGCCCAAGUACAACACAUGAGGGUUCUCUGGGAAGCAGUGAUUUUGGGAGUAAGAGGCGCAUCAGGAAUGGGUCUGUGUUAUAUGGGGACACCCUACAGGAUUUCCAUCAGCACAGACUUGAAGAGGGGUAUGAUCCACUGGAUCUCAAGUACAGCCUUUAUGCUAUUGCUUGUCACACAGGAAUUAUGGAAGGUGGUCACUAUGUGUGUUACGCCAAGAAUCCUCAGGGGAAGUGGAUAUGCUUCAAUGAUAGCAGCUGCAAGGAGGUGAAUGAGUCACAAAUUGAUCUCAAUUCUGCAUAUAUGUUGUUCUACCAGCGUGAAGGGCUUUCAGUUGAGAAGUACAUGCCAAAUGUAGAUGGUAAAGUGCCAUUCCCCAAGGAAUUGGAUGAGGAGAGUGAGGCUGAGUAUAAAAAACAAUGCACUGUUAUGUAACAUUGUUAAACUCAUUCCUUGGAUUUAUAUAACUAAGAAUAUAAUAUUUACACAUUCAUACUUGCUAUAAUAUUCUACUUAAUAUGCAUGUAAACACUCACAAAGUGUAGCAUGAGUCUUUGGACAAAUUUUCUUGUACAUGUGAUUCUUUUUCUUUUUUUAAUGUAGAAAUUAUGUGCUGUGCAUAGUGAAGUCCUCAUCUGCUGUCAGGCCUGUAGCACCUUCCUCUUUCUUUCAUAUGGUGACCAAUGAGCCUAGUUUGGGCACUGAGCUAGGCAAAACAUGGAACCAAGGGUUAAGAGGAAAUGCAGUGAAGAAUACCAGUGGGUUUGUUAUAAGUAAUUCAAACUGAUUAUACCAAAGAUUUAAUUCUGAUUAUCUCCUUGCCUUUUACUUUUGAAGUAGUCUUAGCAGGCUUUUUCUUCCAUAUUUUAUUUAUUUUUAAGGAGGUAUGGCUCCAUCUUCCAAAAUGAAUGGGAGAUAGAUAUAUAAGUAAAAAGACAAAAAGGAAAAAUAACCAACCCUCAGUGAAUUAUUCUACCUGUGAAAAGUUCUUGUACAUUUUAUAUUUACUGUAAACAUUCCUAUAUAUUGUACAGAUGUUUUUGUAAGAAAAAUUUACUACAUAUACACAUUUAUUCAUAUUAGCUAUACCCUGAGUUCUGAUUGUGUAAUUGCCUAAGCUGAAAGCAAUGAUAACUAAUUGCAUAACAGCAGUGCCUCAGGUAUAGGGAAAGUUACUAGUCAACUGAUAUGAAUGGCAGGAUUCUGUUGCAUUCAUUGUGGAGUAGAACAAUGCCUUAGGAAUUUUCUUACAAGUAAUAGUUUUCCUGUUUAAGCAAUACAUACCCAUCAUCAGUAUAUAACAUAAUUGGUUGCAAAGGCUUGUUUAUGCUACUAUAUCGAGUCUUCUGCUGUACCAGAUUGUACAGUAUAUUAUUAUGAAAUGCUUGAGACACACAGAGACCAGUAUAAGUCAUAGCUUCAGUUAAUCAUAUUUAUAAAUGAUUAGUUGUAUUUGCAUGUAGGAAAUACUGUAAUAAUGGGUUGCUUCAUAAAUUGUUGGAAGUGCCUGUAGCACAUAUUAUGGUGAGCAUGAUACCAAACAAUGUUGUGAGGAGGCAUCUUAUUCAUCAAAUAGAAUAUUGAAAAUAUGUAGUGUUCAUGUGAUUAUUUUUGCUGUGAAUUCACUCUUGUACACUCACCUCCUGCUUACAUUUUUGCUUCAGUGAUUUUACUAAGAAAACUAAAUACAAUUGUAUUUCAAGCAUUUGAUAGUCGUCUUCACUGGUUUUGCCAUACACAGUAAAACAGAUGAUAAAUUUAUUAGGUAUUGAAUUACAUGAGAUCAUUUGUAAAUAAUAUGCAUCAUCAUUAUAGAGAGCACUCAUCAAGGUUAGUAUAAUACUAAAACAGUUCUGUGGAGUGAUAUUUUGAAGUAAUAUAACCUCCAGCUAUGGCUACAUUUGUGUACUGCUUUGUUUACAUAUUUUCUCUUAGAUCUAUUUUAUCAGGUAACAUGUAUAUUUUUUUCUUCAUAUAUCUAUCUAUAAUAUGUAUAACUUUUUGUUGUUAUUGUUAUUAUAAUAAUUAUUUUAUAUCAUUAUUAUUGUUGUAGUUUUUGUCACUUGAAAAAUUUAAUAUACAGAGGAAUUUUUGUCACAACAAAAAAAAUCUUUAUACAGGAUUGAUAUCUUAAACAAGAAAUAUACUUGUGCAUUGUUGAGUACCAAAACACAUAACAAGCAAUAUAUAUGUUUUCGUAAAGGUAGGGACUGAAAGGAAAUUAAAAUGUCACUAUUAGUCCUCCAUCUUAUACAAGUGUUUUCAGCCAUUGAGGGUAUUACUGCAAUAGCUGAAGGCAAGUGAUAAAAGUGAUGAUAGGUGCUACUGAUAUGUGGUACUACUUAUGACUCAAAGGAAAUAAAUUAUACCCAUAAUUAUA